GGACAUAAUGUUCAGUGAGUGAUAAACCACUCCACAGAUAAAGACUUUGCAUGCCAUACUUCAGCUUGCAUUCACUGAGCUGAAAUCCUCUUCUGUUGUCUCCCAUCUCCUGUUCAAGAACGUCAGUGAUGAUGGAAAUGUUAAGCACUGACUGCAGUACUUUAAUGACCAUAACAUUCUUGUUACGAACAAGACUAUUUUGGUCAGUCACAACACUGUUAAAACAUUUGGUUACACCUAUGGCCCAGACCGACUACAGUCAUGCUUUGUCAUGUAGUCAUAUGUCUCAUAAAGUUCUUUUCCUGAAAGAAAUAAUCCUCCAUUGGAUAACAAAGAUAAUCCUUCCAUAAUCCUCCACUUUUCUAAACAUUGCCUGCUGCAUAAGUGGUCUGCAUGCUGGGGUUUACCACUGUACAUGACUUCACUAAAUGAGUGUGCUCUGCUGCAGUGGAAUCUGCUUGGUCCUGGCAACAUCAGAAACAAUCACCACAAGAAGUUUAGGAAAAGUAAAGAAAAUGUUACUGCUUCUAUCCAUUCUCUGUUUAUCAAGCAAUAUCAGGCAACAGAUCCAAGAUGACAGAGCAAAUUAGAGCUACUUACUUCCCUGUAAUGUCAUUUGCCAUCAUUAGGAUCAAGCAGAAGACCUUACACUUGCAGCUUAAAAUACAGAGUGGAACUGUACGAACUGAGUGAGAGAAUUUCACAUCACUAGGGAAUAGCAUUUUUAUUAAGGCUAUUUCAGAGCUUUUGCACAGACACCUUCAUCUCCCUGCUGCUGAAGUACAGGCUUAUUCUGCUAAAGGUGAAGAUGACAUUCAUGGCUCUCUUGUAUUAACGCAUUAUGCCCUCUUUCUUUGCUAUUGGGAUGCUGCAUGCUUUUCCGAACACUUCUGUUCAUCGUUCCUGAGUUCAGCAGUUUCUUGCGUACUGCAAAUCGAGGUGACGGAAAAAGUGAUUCACAACCUGAUGUUGAUGUCUGGGAAAUCCUGAGGAAAGCUCCUCCUUCUGAAUAUGAGAAAAUUGCUUUUCAGUAUGGUAUCACAGAUCUGCGUGGGAUGCUGAAACGCCUCAAACGCAUUAAGAAGGAAGAGAAAAAAAGUACAGCAUUCCUCAAGAAACUGGAUCCUGCUUAUCAAGUGGACAAAGGGCAAAAGAUUAAGUUAAUGGUCGAAGUUGCCAAUCCAGAUGCUGAUGUGAAAUGGCUGAAGAACGGACAGGAGAUCCAAGUGAGCGGCAGAUACAUUUUUGAGGCCGUUGGGAAUAAGAGAAUAUUGACCAUAAACCACUGCUCUCUGGCUGACGAUGCAGCCUAUGAAUGCGUUGUAGCUGAGGAGAAGAGCUUCACAGAAUUAUUCGUAAAAGAGCCCCCAAUCCUGAUCACUCACCCCCUGGAGGAUCAAAUGGUGAUGGUUGGAGAGAGAGUGGAGUUUGAGUGUGAAGUGUCUGAGGAAGGAGCUACUGUGAAAUGGGAAAAGGAUGGUGUUGAGCUGACACGGGAAGAAACAUUCAAGUACAGAUUUAAGAAAGAUGGAAAAAAGCAGUAUCUAAUUAUUAACGAGUCAACCAAGGAGGAUAGCGGACACUACACAGUGAAGACAAACGGUGGGGUAUCAGUUGCUGAACUAAUUGUACAAGAGAAAAAGCUGGAAGUUUAUCAGAGCAUUGCGGAUCUGACAGUGAAGGCACGUGACCAGGCAGUCUUCAAGUGUGAAGUUUCUGAUGAAAAUGUGAAAGGAAUCUGGUUGAAAAAUGGAAAGGAGGUGGUGCCAGAUGAAAGAAUAAAGAUCUCCCAUAUUGGCAGGAUCCAUAAGCUAACCAUUGAGGACGUUACACCAGGUGAUGAGGCUGACUAUUCCUUCAUCCCUCAGGGAUUUGCUUACAACCUUUCUGCCAAGCUCCAGUUUUUGGGUAAGUUAUCUUAGCAGAUGCAACAGGAA